AGUUCGUAAUAUUUUUGUCUAAAAGCAAAGACAUCAAAUCAAACUACAUCAGUGAACAAGAAAUUAAGAAAAUGAUUCGGAGAGCUCGUUCAUGGACCCGUUUGGAUCGACACAUAAAUGGUCUCACGAUCUACUACAAACGUCGGGAGGAUGACGUGGAAGAGAAAAUGGUCAGAGUUACUUUAUUUCCUGAUGCAGAAAACUCUAUUGAUUCAUUGUGCUCAGUAAAAUCACUUCCCCCAAGAUCAGCCUCUUCGAAUUCUAAACGUCAAUCGGCUGGCUCGACAGCAAAAUCGAAAAAUAAAACAAAGUCUGAAAAAUCGAAAAAGACGAAAUCCCGAGGGGUGCAUGUGGCGAAAAAGUGGCGUAAAUUCAAAAAAACAAAGAAAGAAUCUGAAACUCGUUUGGACGAUGACACAAUUCAAACUUUGGAUGAUUUGAAAACAUUGAAUUCCACUAUUAGGAAGCGUUUCCAUAUUGGAACCACUUGUCCUCAUGGUUUAGAAAAUUUGAAAUCGAAGAGCAGAGCCGACCAACUUUCAUCUUCAAAAGAUUCUAGAUUUUCUUUCAAAACUGGUGAAAUAUUGGUUAAGAAUUUAAAUGCUCAUUCUGUUAAAGAAUACGAUUGCCGUGGAAUUUCUAUGAUCAAUCCAGUUGCUCAAACUCCUUUCCCAAAUGCUUGUUCAGUGGAAACUAGACAAAGAGCAAGAGAAAAAAUGAAAGCUUUAGCUAAACGAGGAAUGGAUUCUAACGAUCUUGCCUCGUCCACAUCUUCAAAACAUUCGACCAAGAAGACUAACACAAGCGACAGCUAUUCUGAUGAUAUGUCACCUGUCUUUUUGACACGUGUCAGUUCUGAUACUCGUUUUCCUGGUGCCACGUCUCCAGCUACUUGUGAAAGAGUUCGUUUAAUGCUCAAAGAAUACGCAUUGAGAGAACAUAUAAAAGACUCGGAUUAUACUGGAAGCCAUUCUAAAAAUUCGAAAAGCUCAAAGAAGAAGAAUACACAAACGGACUCAAAGAGCACAAAAUCCAAGUCUUUAAGUAUGAAAACUACGUACUCAGAGAGUUCACAGCUUCGAGACAGUGAUUCGUGCAGCGAAGAUGAAAGUUGGGAUAAGCAAAAAUCAAAAAAGGAUGUAAAGAAAAAGAAGGGAACAAGGGGAAUGUAAAGAGAGCUAUUGUGAUUUUGAAAUUAUUUCUUGUCUGAAUGAAGUUUAUCAGUAGGAA